GCCUUUGUGCGCGAAGAAUGCUUGCGUUGUAUGCCCGAGGUGCCACAGACCGCGGAAGCUACGGAGUUCUCCCAAUGGCAUUCCUGAUGUCAUGGCUGAGUUCAAACGACGUGUUUUUGAUCAGGUUCCAUCACAUUUGAUCUAUAUCCCAAAAAUGAAAUUGGUCUCGCGGGAAGAACUCAUUACAAUACUCCAACCAGAGAAGAUCACCGAGGAGGACAUACGUAGAUGCGGGGGAUGGUCGAGGAAGUCUGCUAUAGAGUCGAGGUUGGUCCCCAAGAUGCUCAAAUACGCCAUUCUAUCACACCGAUGGGGAAAAUCGGAGCCAACAUUCCAAGACCUGAAGUCGGGGAGACACAAACUUGAAGGAGCGGGUUACGAGAAGUUGCAAGAGUUUUGCACGAAAGCAAAGGAUCAUGGUUGCCGUCUCGCAUGGUCUGAUACAUGCUGCAUUAACAAAGAAAGCAGCUCAGAGCUCGACGAAGCCAUCCGGUCGAUGUACAGAUGGUAUCAUGAUGCUUAUAUAUGCAUCGUGCAUCUGGCUCAAUCGCAAUCGUUGGAGACGCUAGGAAUCGACGAGUGGUUCCUUCGUGGUUGGACGUUGCAGGAGCUCCUUGCCCCCCUCAGGAUGAAGUUUUACGGUCCUAUGUGGACACCCCUAACGCAGAACGCAAACGACAAGAAUGACGCGGCGGUUGUUUCUGCUCUUUCCCGGGUUACCAAAAUACCUCCGAAUGACCUGUGCAACUUUCGCCCCGGGCCAAAUCGUGCCUGGGAGAAGAUGACCUGGGCCGCGAGCAGGAAGACAACUCGCCUUGAAGAUAUUGCCUACUCCCUAACUGGUAUCUUCGACAUUAGCAUGACGAUCGCAUAUGGAGAGGGAGAUCGAGCGUUCAAAAGAUUUAUGGCAGAACUUAUUCAGAACUGCAAGGAAUGGCAAAUUCUUGUAUGGGCCGGCGGGCUUCCCGGUUGUCCAACAGAGCCCGGGUGUUAUGAUACGAAAAACGAGGUGGCACUGGAUAUGCUCAAGAAUCGCCAGAUCUCGUGGUGGGGAGAGGGUCGUGGUGAUUCCGACUUCUCAAUUACGAAGCGUGGCGUGCAGGUCAGACUGCUCAUGCUUCCUGCCUCUGUUGACCAGAGCCAAUGCCAGUCAACGUUCCUUUCCCGACCCACAGGUCGCCGCUGGGCAUCACCGCUCAAGAAGCUGGUCGUGCAAUAUCACCUCUUUCCACCUGCAUCUACGAUAGAGUGGUCGAUCGGGAUCGUUAACUACCAUGAUCAUGACCACGCUGACAAAGGGAUAUUAAAACAAGGAGAAAGCUACAUGUGUUUCCUCUUGAAGAGGUUUCGCCGUCCUGGCAUGGACACCGUGCGCAAUCACUGGAAGAGGGAGGUCACCAAGGAGAUUUUGACUGUUUCUUGCGCAAACGACUUCGAAAAGACGCUAGAGUGCGUUUGGCUAUAGGUGAUGGAAUAAUGGUCAUGGACUUGAGCGGGAGGGAUGACGAACUUACGGUGCAUUGCAGAUAGAACGAAGUCACUACUACCCGAGCUGUAUUGGAUCGAGCUGUUAAUGGUGCAAGCAUCUAUAAAAAUUCCUGAUCCGGGACUUCACUUCUUCAAGACAACUUGAUAUUUGCGGGACGAAGCUCGUUGUCAAAGCAGAUUCGCGUACAAGAUACGGACACAUGAAAAGAUUUGGUAAAGUGUCAGUUCAUCACACACAACAAAGGCAAGAAGCUCACUCUUGCUGAACUCUCUCCUUCUGCU